AUGAUGAAAAAUAUCAACACUACUUCUGAAGGAUACUUCAUUUUACUGGGGUUUUCUAAAUGGCCUCGUCUGGAAAUAGUUCUCUUUGCGGUUAUCUUGAUAUUCUACUUGAUGACACUACUAGGCAAUUUGUUCAUCAUCAUGCUGUCAUACCUGGAUUCCUGUCUCCACACGCCCAUGUACUUCUUCCUCUCAAACCUCUCUUUUCUGGAUCUCUGCUACACCACUAGCUCCAUUCCCCAACUGCUGGUCAACCUCUGGGGCCCAAAGAAGACUAUUUCCUAUGCUGGUUGCAUGGUUCAACUCUACUUUGUUCUUGCUCUGGGAACCACAGAGUGUGUCCUGUUGAUGGUGAUGUCCUAUGACCGUUAUGCAGCUGUAUGCAGACCCCUGCAUUACACUGUCCUCAUGCAUCCUCGACUCUGCCAAUCCUUAGCUUUGGCUUCUUGGGUAAGUGGUUUCACAAACUCAGCACUCCAUUCCCUCUUUACCUUCUGGGUACCCUUGUGUGGACAUUACCAAGUUGAUCACUUUUUCUGUGAAGUUCCAGCACUUCUGAAAUUGUCCUGUAGUGAUACUCAUGCUAAUGAGUUGACCCUCAUGUUCACAAGCCCCAUUUUUGCUCUCAUACCUCUCUUCCUCAUUCUAACAUCUUAUGGUGCCAUUGCUUGGGCUGCACUGAAGAUGCAGUCAACUACCAGGCUUCAGAAAGUCUUUGGCACAUGUGGAUCCCAUCUUAUGGUGGUUUCCCUGUUUUUUAUUCCAGCUCUUUUUAUAUAUCUCCAGCCACCAACAGAAAAUUCUCAAGAGCAAGGGAAGUUCAUUGCCUUGUUUUAUACUGUUGUCAAACCAAGUCUCAACUCCCUCAUCUAUACCCUCCGAAACAAAGAUGUCAGAGGGGCAGUUAGAAGACUAAUGGGGAGAGAAUGA